CUCAACCAAACUACAUUAACGAUCUACUCGAUAUACCACUGUGUCACAAUUGUGUGUAAACUGUCUUCGGCAGAGUUGUGGACACUUUAUAUCAAAGCCUCCAUUCGAAGAGAUGACAUUUUGUUCUUAAUCCAUUAUUCAUUCACUUGAUGUCAGUGUCUCCGUGAAAACACCUACGUCAGACCCUUCCAUGUUAGGAUCGUGUGACGUCAUCAUCUGAGCAACAAGAUGGCUCAAGCUACGACGAGUAAGUUCGACUUCAAAAUGGAAAAGAGACAACACUCGGGAUCACUGAGCAGUCGUUCAUCCGAGGACUUUUCUGAGACUAGUUUUGAUGGUGAAACGGAAAGCCUAAUAGGUUCGGCGACACACCAGUUAGUGUUAUACGCUAUGACGAAAGGACACACCAUUCAUAGUGUAACACACAUGCCCCCUCACCAGUUGUCGGAGUUUCUCAGAGAUUUUUAUGGUAAGGUCAGGACCAAGCUCGAGGAGGGUCCGGUCAGAUCAACUGUCAGUUUGAAAGAUAUCAGGCUCGGUCUACAGAAAUAUUUCAUGAAGGAGACCGGCUUGGACAUUGUCAAAGACAAAAGUUUUGAAAAUGCCAACGCGUGUUAUGAGAUGGCUGUUAGAAUGGGGCCACGCAAGUGUCAUAGACUUAGAAUAGAAAUGGAUGAUUUGAGGAAAAUCUAUUUCAGUGAUGCAAUGAAAACCGACAACCCUGAAACACUACAAAAUAAGGUGUUUUUCGAUGUGAAUUUAUACAUUGUCAACAGAGGGAAAGACUGUAUGAGGGCCAUGACGAAAAAUGAUUUUGUGGUGUCGACAGAAGUUGACGGAAGGAAAAGUGUUUGGUUAAAAUACCACCCUAAGUUCAACAUCAAGGAGAUGGGUGGCUACGGUGAUGUAGAUCAUACUGGAACAAGGCUAGGGGAAAAGAUGCUGGAAAGACCAGGAGAUCCUCGUUGCCCUGUAGCAUCAUUCUUGAGGUACCUGACCCAUCUCCAUCCCAUGACUGAAGCGUUCUGGCAGCGUCCUAAGCGGAGUGUAUCCCAGUCAGAUUAUGUGUGGUUUGACAAUACCCCACUGGGUAACUCCACCCUGAGUAAAAUCAUGCAGAGGAUAUCAAUAUCAGCUGGAGUUAAGGAAAACUACACAAACCACUCGAUUCGUCCAUCGUACAUUCCUCUUAUUGAAACAAUAUGCACAGAUGCAUUGAACAUUGAGCGAACUGUGCGAGUGCCCAGUGUGUUGUCACAAGAUGAUUCAUUUGCUGAUGAUAAUUCGCUAGGAGACAGUUCGUCGCUAGAUUCGGAGUCCCCUGAUGACGACCCAGUGGAUGAGAGCGUUGUUGGUUUGAGAUCGGCAAAGAUGAAGGUUUUAGAGUUAAUUAAGUGGCCUGCUUGUGAAGGACAUCAAGAAAUUUGCUGA